AUUGUCGAAUAUUGAGAAGAGCCAACACCACUUUCCUACAUUAAUGAAGCUUAUUUUGUCAUUUGAUCCUGUCUAACAAACAAGAAGGAAUUCAUGAAUCAGAAUGAGUAGAAAUACUGAGAGUACUGGAUGGCGUAAGGAUGAACCACCGGAUAAAAGAAGACGCACAGAUGGGACUGUGCCUCCUGAAGAUGCCAACCUAUGGGGUGGAGAUGAUUGGGAUGAAACUGACUAUGCAGAUAUUGAUGUAUUGUGCUCGCAGCCUAUAAAUGAUGAAUCAUCCAAAAACGACUUUCUUAAACCAAGGAUUGUUGCACCAGUGUCAAAAAAUAAGGUUUCAGCCUGUCCUUCUGGUUCGUUUACUAGUAGUUUUGAUUCUAAAAGUGCAACUGGAACAUUUUCUCAGGGAUCAUCCAUUUCUGCCCACAACCCAAGAGUUCAGACAAAUUUGUCUUAUCCAUUGCAUUCUGGAGCAAAACCCAAAUCAACCUAUCCACCUCUACUGGUGGCCCCGAAACCCAAAACUUACCCACUACAGAAAUCAACAAUUCAGACUGAUGUCAAUCAGAACCUCGCACCUCGGAAUACAGGGCCUUCGCCAAACUUUCAAAAACUAGGAAGACAAACCAAUGCACCAGGCCUUGGGUCCAAUGGUUCCUCAAGUAGCAUCCAGCUCUCGCAACCACAGGAUAACUUUGUUGACUCUAUCAAAAAGGAGUUGGAGAAAGUAAGGGAGGAAAAUGACCAAAUGAAGAAAUUGAUGCAGAGUGCGAAGGAAGAGCAGUAUGGUAAAGAUGGGCAAAUCAGGAUACUAAGAGAAUCACUCUCUAAGAAGGAGGCAGAACUAUUCAAACAGAGACAGGAACGAUCUAAAGAUAUCGAUGAGAAAGUUCACGAUUAUGUUGAGCGAGAAAAGGCGCAUAUCAAAAAGGAAAAUGUACUCGUGGAAAAGAUUGAAAAGUUGAAAGCGGCAUUACAGUUCAAGGACCAUGAAAUUUCAGAGGUGCAGUCUAAUCUGAAAAGACUUGAACAGAGAACACAGUCUCCUCAUACUGCCAUGAGUCCUUCCCAUCAGAGCCCUAGGGCGGGGAAGCGGCCUAUGACGGAGUUGAAGAAGUCGCCAGUCACGCCAAAAUCAGUUAAAAUGGCAUUUCCAAAUCGGAGGACAUUCAUGGCAUCUGAAUCUGUAGGGGAGAGGUCCACUCCUUCGCCCAUAUUGAAUGUGAAAAGAGAAGGCGAGAAGCCCACCCCUCCACCCGUGUUGAACAUGAAAAAAGAAAUUUUUGGCGGGAGUCCUCUGGCUAUGAGUUCGGCCAAAUCUGCAGCAGAUAUUAAGCAAGAAGCUGAUGUGAAAGGUCGUCUUCGGAAAUACGCAUUGAAGGUUGCUAGCUGCAAAGGUGCUGUGUCUGGGCGACAUCUAAUGGCAAGGCUGGUAGACCACCAUGACUCAACAGAUGAGAAAGAGGGCGACCUGGUCAAGUUACUGAACAAUGCAGGUUCCCCUCCCAAAGCAAAGGAAGCUGUAACACCUGGCUCCAAACCUCGAUUAAAAAGUCAGUCAAGCCUUGAAGCUGAGCAAGAGGAAUAUCGUUUUGGGGCUAGAUGCUGUCGGCAGGCCAGGUCUGGUCUCACUAAACUUCUAUCACAUUCCUGCAAUCAGAGCAUAAACUCUAAAAUACUCUCUUCGAAGACAUCCGGUGCAUGUGACUUAUUACCGAUUAUUGAAACGUCAUUGAAACACUACUUAGACUAUCAAUCUGAACUAGAUUCGAAUAAGAAAUCAGGGUCUGGUUCGAAUUCGAACAAGAGCUUAAGUUAUGACAGCAGUUUAGAAUCUGUGAGUUCUUCAAUGAGGAGUUUGGAAAUAUCACGUCAUUUGUCUGUCAAAAGUGUCGCGGAUACGGCGUUGAAGAUUCUCUGCAAGUUAGUGUGCUAUAGUGAAGAAGUGAGAGACUUUUUGUUGGCCACGGAUCGGGAGAUGAUCUCUGGUAUUGAUCCAUUGGGAUCUCGUGGCGAUGAGCCUACUGCCAAGAUCGCUGAACCCAAACCUGGCACAUCACAUGAUCGAGCAGGUGGGGGUGAUGCAGAGUCAGUCUUCCAGCCAUCCGGUAUUCUGCACAUGCUGUUCAAAUUGGUUGCACCUUCGAUAUCUGAUGAUAAACCAACCACUUCAGACACGACUGAACUAACUCUGAAGAUUCUGACAAUGUUGGCAAGACUGGGCAGCAUCAAACAGAUGGAACAGUUCCUCCCUCUGGUAGCCAAGACAACACUUAGCAAAUGCCUCAGCUUGACGUCAGAAGCCAACUUAAUCAUGAGGACAGUAGAACUUCUGCAAGCUCUUUCGAUAUCUAAGAAGGUGGUCUCCUCGUUUUGUACUCAAACAGCUGAUUGCUGCCUUUUCCUCGAUGUCUACAGUGUCUGCCUUGUGAGGCAUAAUGGCUGGACUACGCAGGAGCAUACAGCUAUUUGUGACAAGGUUGUGAAUUUCCUCUGGACUGUGGUCAGUCACCACAAAGGUGGUGUGACAUUGCUGCUAGAAUCAGACUGUUCAUGCAGUGUUGAGGUUGUGAAGUCUCUGGUGGUAGUACUCAACGAUGAAAUGGUGCUCUACAAAAAUGGUCAUUGUGAAUGCGAACAGAGCUACAAUGUCUUAGCGCGUGGAAUCAAGCUCCUUCAAAUCUUCAGCCUCCGAGAUCAGUUGUUCGUGGACCACUGGGCUGAUGUUGAGUUGCAGUAUAUCAGUUUGGUCAGCUCAAUGCAGCUCCUGCUCAAACAGAUGAACAGCCCUGAUGAGUCUAUGACCAUGGCCAUUCAGGAUCUGUGGGAAGUUGAUGAACUGUUUUUACAAGGACUUGAAGCUGAUCAUGAAGAGGAGGAAUCCCCGAUGGAGAAAUCGUAACCUGGAUUGGUCAGAUUAUAGAGCGUAUCAGGAGAGCAUACAAGACUUGCAUUGAUAGUUGCAUUUAGGGAACAGUGUUUCAAGCCAUAUUAACAAUUCCUGCCCUGGAGAACAUUGACCUGUUAUACCCUAGUUACUGAAAGGAUAACUUCGAGACAGACUUGUUAUUGUGAUGCCUUCUAUGGGGUGUUCUACCAAAAACUGUUUAAAAAUCACUUCAUGUUUGUGUGGAUUUUAUUUUUGCAUUGGUGUUUUUAUCAGUCAGCCAAUGAAUAUCUCUUUCAUUCAUUUUAGAUCUUGGGAAGACACUGAUAAGACAAACAUCAAUGAAAUAGUCCAUGUCAGAAUACGUGAUAAGACAGAAGUGUCCUUCAUUCGACUACUGUAUGUUUUCUAUUUCAUAUUAAAAAAAG